GCGACGGGGCUGGGGCCUUAUAUAAGGGGCACGCUGUGAUUCAUCCUUUGCUGGGCCCUGACCUCGACAGCCCCCCAAAUGAGGGGGCCCCUGAGGAGUCGGUGGGCCUCGAUGAACUCUUCAUGGAUGCAGUAGGCGAAAGUGAUAAACAGCCGUCUCGAGAGGCGGAGUUUUCUGUGAGCCAGAAGUUGGCUGGGGAGUUUGCCGACGUGCGAUUGUUAAAUCAGCUGUCUAUAACGCAUUUAUGUCGCUGGUUGAAGUUUCACAUUUCUAUCUUAGAGCCUGACAAGCGCUUUAUGAAGAAUGUCCUUCUUCAGAUGAUGAGGACAGUGCGGCAUGUGAUGGACAAGGCGGAUUGGGAGCCGUUGGUAGCAGAUUUAUUGCAGGCGAAUGUACGGGGCUGCAUGCUUUAUUUAGUUAGGCUAGCAGCAUGUGCUUCUUCUUGCGCGCUUCGUCGCGUCCUUGUUGCUGCAGCAGCGGAAAUUAAAAGACAAAUACUUUCAGGGGAUUUGUCUUCUGGUCUCAAGUUCCUAACUCAGAACACGCGGUUUAUGGAGGAGUUAGAUCAAUCCCUAGACGACUACUGCAGGUCUAAGGCGAAGAUAUGCGCAUCCACGAUGAGGGAUUUAAUAUUUGAGCAGACGCAUGCACUUCACUUUGAGACAAUCGAAGACCUCUUCGAUGGCUGCCGCCAGUUUGAGAAAGACUUCUUAGGAAGUGACUCUCACACCCUCGCUUCUGUCUCUUUGCUGUCUCCUUGA